AUGGGUCACCCGGAAGAAGCAGGGGUUGCCGAACCUUUGCUGGCCAUUCCUGAAGACAAUGUGGUCGUUCAUCGUUCCUCCGAUCGCUCCGUGGUUGGCUUUUUGUACUUUUUGUUCUUCCUCGAAGGCAUUGGCAGCCUGUUCCCUUGGAACGCCUUUAUCACCGUCACCUCGUACUUUGACGAUGUCCUCGCCGGCACCAACUAUGCCUCUUCUUACGAAAACUAUUUCAGCUUUUCGUUUCAGGGGGCCAGCAUCAUCUUCAUCCUCCUGGCCAUGCGCUACAAACAGCGCAUCAACGUCCACACCCGUAUCUUGGCCCCGCUGGUCAUUGAGGUGAUUGUCUUUUCCUCCGUCACCGUCAUUAGCAAGAUCCCCGGCCUUUCUACAAACGCCUUCAUGUCCAUUACCAUUGGGCAAACCGUCGCUGCUGGUGCGGCCGGUGCCUUUUUGCAGAGCGGCCUCUUUGGCCUCGCCGGCGUCAUGCCCGAGGCCUAUGUCCACGCCCUCAUGAACGGCCAGGCCCUGGGUGGUGUCAUCGUGGCUGGCCUCAACCUCGUGUCCCUGGGCGUGAGCGGCACAAGCCAGCCCCGUGAAGCCGCCUUUCUCUUCUUCAUCCUCUCCGUUGUGGUUCUUCUGUGCUGCUUCGUGGGCUACGUUCUGCUGAUGCGCCAUCCUCUCGUCAUCAGCAAUCUCGAAAAGGCAGAUGCCGCCCGCAUUGCAAGCACCCAAGCAUCGCCUCGCAAGAACCCCGACAUGUCGUCCUCCGUGAACCAAACCAAGCGCGAUCGCAAGUCUCUCAAGCGCUAUCGCUCCUACCUGCACUCGGAGGACGGUGCCAUCCUCAGCCCCUUUCGAAAGGCUUGGUUGCCCUGCGUCAUGGUGUUUUGCGUUUUUUGGAUCACGCUAUCCAUCUUCCCGGCCAUUUCGGCCAGCGUCAGCUCGACGUCGCCUUACGAGGAAUGGCGAUCGUGGUUUGUGCCUGUGUGCGUCUUUUUCCUCUUCAACUUUGGCGACUUGAUUGGCCGUCUGUUGACAUGGUGGAAACCCUGGCCCGAAACGGCCAACUACCGCAAGCUGCCCAUCCCUGUCCUGGCCCGCGUCUUGUUUGUGCCCCUGUUUGCUCUGUGCAACGUGGCCAAUGCCGAUUACGUCCUGUUCAAGAAUGAUGCCUUCCCCGCCCUUUUCAUGUUGGCCGUGGGCAUCUCCAACGGCUACCUUGGCACCAUGUGCAUGAUGAUUGCCCCUUCUCUGGUGCCUCCCGGUGACGCCGAGUCGGUGGGCCAGUUCUCCGUUCUCCUUCUCAACCUGGGCCUGCUGUCAGGCAGCCUCACCGGCUUUGGUCUCAAGGCGGCCAUUUGCAAGUGCAAUCCCUUUAAAUGAGGAGGCUGUCUUCUUGGUCACUAAAGUCUUGUUCAAUUUGGUGG